AUGGCUUCUACUGGCGGUCAAAACGAAGCUAUCUUGAUUUCCAACAACUUGUCCUAUGCUAAAUUUAGUUCCUGUAUUUCCUCAGUAUGUCAGCUUACUUUGAUGAAUGGAAGUUCAAUUGAUGGGUUUGUUAUUAAAUUUCUGUAUGAUAUUAAAAGUAAUUUGGCAACAUAUAGUUUAUUUUCGUGUUUUUAAUAUGUUCCCUGCCUAUUGUGAAAAUAUUAACCCAUAGAGCCAAAAGUGAAAGGAAUUUUGUUAUUCUGUAUAAACAAACAAGCAAAUUUACAGGCAGUUUAUAUAAAUCUGGCCGUUUGAGAGACAAGUGGAGAAGUGGUUAGUUCAGAAAUAUAUGUGAUUAAUUAUCGGACUUCUGAGUAUAAUUGAUCAUCAAACAAUCAGCAAUAAGGGAGCAACAAAUAGGUUUCGUCAAGGGGGAGGGGGUCAUAGUCUGUGCUGUUAAAAUUACUUUUCUGUGACGAAAAAUUCGCCUUAAAUUUUUGUGUGAGAUUCUUUGCUUAUAACAGAUGAAAGUUGACCAUAUCCUGUCAAUAUUAUGUUUUAUUUUAUACUCCCUGUUCACAAUGUAUCUUCUUAAUUGGAACUACAAGAAUCUAAAUAUACACAGAAGAUUUUCCUUUUAGACACACAUGUUCAUGAAUACAACUUGAAUUUUGUGUCAUAUGCUGCUUAGGCCACAGACUGCUAAGGGGGGAGGGGGUUGAGGCCUUAACAGCACAAAUGCAGUUAAGCGUGACAAAAUCUAUUUGUCGAUGCUCCCCAAGUGAACAAAUCUGUGAAGUUAGACUGUGAGGUGUCCCUCAGGAGAAAGGAGGGACUGCUGACAAGUGACAACACAUCAAGAAAUGAAAUACAUGUUACCCGAUUCUCCCCAAGAGAACAAAUCUGUGAAGUUAGACUGAAGUGUCCCUUAGGAGAAAGGAGGGACUGCUGACAACACAUCAAGAAAUGAAAUACAUGUUGCCAACACAAUGCAAAAUUCCCAUUGGUCGAAAUUGAUAUGCCUGUCAAUCAAAUCUGAAACAUAAAAGAUAUCCUGUUUGAUUUUAUAAAUGAACAUGAUUACAAUGAAAUGACUUAAAUGAGCAAAUCGUAUUGGAUAUCCAGUCCUGAUUUAGUCUCAUUUGUCCUAGUAGAAAUAAAAUUGUCCCUGUUUUUAGAAGUUUUAUAAAAGUAAUUGACAGUUUCUCCAUAAAUUACAUAUUUUUGGUGAAUUCACAUUUUUUAGCUCGCUUUAUUUGUUUGCAUUACGAUCUAUAGUAUAUGAUCGUUUAGCGUCGCCACCUUCGCGGAAAUUGUGUAGAAAUCACAUACCUGUAAGUGUCAUUGGAUAUCAUAGAAAUGUAAGGGUCAAUUAUGGCUUGCCUGGGUUAGCUCAAGGUUUUCUAGAAUGAACAAACGAACAAAUGAUGAUUUACUUUAAUUUCAAUAAGUAUAUUCCAAUGUUAUGUCACAUUGUGUGGAAAUUUACAAAUUUUUUUUAAAAAUUAGGUCACAAACAUAAAUUUCGGUAUGAUACGACGGAAAAUUUUCCUCAGGAGAAAUUUCUCUCCUCCCCCCGACAACAUUUCCGGGAAAAAUUUUUUAGGUGCCCUUUCCGAUAGUAAUGUGCCCCUACAAGCCGGUGCCCCCCCCAAACUCCAGGUGCUUCCUACGCCCCUGACCACAGGUAUUUUUUUUACACCCUACCAUAAAUGUCCCGGUUUUGAGGUUCAAGAGGUUGGAAUGUCUGGGUGUAUUUCAUUUCUUGAUGGGUUGUUGGCAGUCCUACCUUCCCCUUGCACACCCUGGAAUAUAAACCCAUGGAAAGGAGCAACUGCUAGUUUGUUACAUAUUUGCCUUGUGCAUUACUGGGUUUAUUUUUGGCCAAGAAUUAGUUGGGUUUUUAUCCCAUCUUUGCCAAAGUCCUAUUCAAGGAAUGUGUCUCCCAAAAUGUGAGUGAUAGCAAUUGGACUUGAGUAGUGCUUUACUGCUUUGCAUUUUAUUUGGACACUUUGGAAUGGUUCCUGAUUGUCUUUAAUGAUACUUUCCUUAUUAUUGUAUAGGAAAGCAAGUGGUUUUCUGGCAAAAUUUAUACUAGAUGGCAGCCAGAAAGUUGUGGUUGUUAUGAACAAUCAUUUUGUUGCAAGAAAAGAAAAUGCCAGUCAAGUUCUAGCAACAUUUAAAUUUGAAGGCAAUAAUGAAAGCAGGACAAUUACAUUAGAUCCAGAUAUUUUUUUCAGGACUUACCAG